CUCCCUCGCAGUUUUUUAUCAGUCUUCUGUCUGGGAGCUAGAAAAUCAGAAAUGUUCUAUUACAGGAAGAAAAUGGAAAAUAUCCGAGGAAGCCGUCUUAAUCUUCGGCGUCAGUCGUGGCUUUUAAACUGCACUCUGCAGUUGUAGAUUAGCGACAGUUAAUGCUGAAAUGCGAAGGUGUCUAACCUACUUCUCUGCGCUUCAGACUGUCAGAACUGAAAGUAGUGGAUGUAUGUAGGCUACUAGUGGGCAGAGUAACUAAACGUCGGCUUUUGCACUGAGGAUAUUGGAAAGGAAAAUACUGGUUAUUUAUUUUUCUUAUUUGGCUUAUUGCUUCCACGCAAUAAAGCCACCUGACUAAGUUGGAUGUCGCAAUUAAGAUGUAUCAAUGAUCCAGCCAUGGAGACCCAAAGAUACCAAGGUUUCCCAGAAUUAAUGGACGCAGAGAGGAGAAGGAGUCAUGUGUCAAACACAAUGGAGUUCAUCUGUGGUAUGGAGCAGGACAACAAGACCAACAGUGAUGUCCUGAUGGACAUGGUGAAUGUCAGUUGUUCUCCAAACAGCAUUGCAGGCAUUAAGGAUAACCGAGGAGAGAGCAUGGUUCAGGCCCCAGUCUCCCAGAGCCAGAGUCAACAGCAGUUUGUUUUUCCUAUUUCGAGCAAUGCUGCCAACAGCAUUAAGUUAGAAAUGGACUCCAAAGAGCUUUCCAAGACUGUGGCUGAGUCGAUGGGCUUGUACAUGAACGCAGCGCGAGAGGCGGAGUAUGCCUUCAACCCACAGACUGCACAGAGGCCGGGCGUUGGCGGCCAUAGGAAACCGUUUCCCAACAGUGGACAUUGUCUGGGCAAUAACCUGUCCACCUCGGUGGGUCGUCCAAAGCUGAACCCCAGGGGUUUGUUAGUUUCAGCUCCUUACCCUGUGAUGUCCUGUCCAUCUGAUAUCACUAAAAUGGCGUGUGCCUCUGGUGUCCUCUCCAGUGCAGAGGACUGUCUGGCCGCAGCCCUUGAGUGUAGUCCUCAAAACUCCAACGGUUCCAUCUCCAGCCCUGCUAGCAACAGUUUUGUAUCGUCGACUGCCAGCCCUACCAACUUUGGCAAAUCCUUCCCCCCUCCUGGGAGCCCCCUCAGCCAGGGUCCAGCCCUGCCUGGCCUUGCCCAGGUCCCUCACCCCAGGCUCUCCACCACCUGCAGCCCAAACAACGCAAGCAACGUGGGGUCCCCCCUCGCGAGCCCUCUUAAUGUGAUGAAAUCGCCCAUUUCCAGUCCCCAGAGCAUGGGGAGCGUGAGGUCUCCACCCUCCUGCAACCCCAAUGUGAGGUCAUCGGUCUCCAGCCCCACUGGCAGCAACGGCAACAACAACAGCAGUAUGCGGGAAUCGAUUUCCAGUCCAGGAAAUGUCAAUUCUAUGUCUGUGUCUAGUCCUCCUAAUUCGACCGGCUUCCCUAUGUCUAGUCCUGUGAGUGGCCUGGGCCUUGUGCAGAACGAGGUUCACAGCCCAAUUAAGACGGACCACGACUUCAGCGUGUUUGAGUUUCCAAAGGUGGAGAAGGUGGACUCUGAGCAGUACAGCGUGGGCCUGGACGAGAUGGGAAUGGUGAAGUACAUAAAGAUCGAGCCGGACUGCAUGAGGAGCAUGUGUGCUAAUGGCGACCAGAGUCACGUACCCAAUUCGCCCUUCGCCAUGCAAAUAAAAAGCGAACCAAACAAAGACACCGCGUGUCUGCAUCCCCAAUACAACGGAGAGCAGCACUCGUUGAACCUUUUUCCUGCGGCGGAGACCACUUAUUUGUCUUUGAGGGAUAACGUAGAUGAACACAGCCUCUGCGGGAUUUUAGGACCGCCGGUCUCUUUACUGAAUGGCAACUGCCAACCUGACGCCUUUUCUAAUAACGUCUUGCCUAAGGGGAUUAAGCAGGAGAGUAAAGAUGGCAGCUAUUACCAAGAGAAUAGUCACAUGCCGACAUCCGCCAUUGUUGGCGUUAAUUCAGGUGGGCAUUCAUUUCAUUACCAGAUCGGAGCACGAGGAACAAUGUCUUUUUCCCGACAUGAUGCGAGGGACCAGACAAACCCCUUGCUGAAUCUAAUUUCUCCCGUCACUGCAUUGAUUGAAACUUGGAAGCCACAUCCUGGCUUGCAACAGAACUCUUUGACACCCCGAGGGGAAGGAUAUCCAGGUCAAAGGUGCAUGGCAGACAACAUGGCAAGCUCGAUUCGAAACUCAUCGACUUCAUCUUCGGCCAAAGUGUGUCUGGUGUGCGGGGACGAGGCUUCGGGAUGUCACUACGGAGUGGUUACUUGUGGCAGCUGUAAGGUGUUCUUCAAGAGAGCCAUCGAAGGUCAGCACAACUACCUGUGUGCCGGACGGAAUGACUGCAUCAUCGACAAGAUCCGGAGGAAAAACUGCCCGGCAUGUCGGGUGCGGAAAUGCCUGCAGGCCGGGAUGAAUCUGGGAGCACGGAAGUCCAAGAAGCUGGGCAAACUAAAAGUAGUGGGUGACGACACGUCUCUGCACGCAUCCAAGGAAGGCCAGACGUACCUGACGCCGGAGAAGGAGCUGAGCAACAGCACCGCCCUGGUGGCCCACACGCCGGUGACGCCGUACCUGUCCCCGUCCAUCUGCAGCGUCCUGGAGCUCAUCGAGCCCGAGGUGGUCUACGCCGGCUACGACAACUCCCAGCCCGACACCACCGACCACCUCCUCUCCAGCCUCAACCAGCUGGCGGGGAAGCAGAUGAUCCGGCUCGUCAAGUGGGCCAAACUACUUCCAGGUUUCAGGAGCUUGCCAAUCGAGGACCAAAUCACUCUCAUUCAGUACUCCUGGAUGUGCCUGUCAUCUUUCUCCCUCAGCUGGAGGUCUUACAAGCACACCAACGGACAGAUGCUGUACUUCGCCCCAGAUCUGGUCUUCAAUGAGGAGCGCAUGCAGCAGUCGGCCAUGUACGAGCUGUGCGUGGGCAUGCGGCAGGUGAGCCAGGAGUUUGUGCGGCUGCAGCUGACGGAUGAGGAGUUCCUGUCCAUGAAGGUCCUGCUCCUCCUCAGCACAGUUCCCAAGGAGGGUCUGAAGAAUCAAGCAGCAUUUGAGGAGAUGAGGGUCAACUACAUCAAAGAGCUACGCAGGUCAGUGGGGAGGGCCACCAACAACUCCGGGCAGACCUGGCCACGCUUCUACCAGCUCACCAAACUACUGGACGCCAUGCACGACUUGGUGGGUGAUCUUCUGGACUUCUGCUUCUACACUUUCCGUGAGUCUCAGGCCCUCAAAGUGGCCUUUCCUGAGAUGCUAGUGGAAAUCAUCAGCGACCAGCUACCAAAGGUGGAGUCAGGACUCACCCAGACACUCUACUUUCACAAGAAGUGACAUCGCACCGGAGCCUCUCAGAGGACAAAGGGCAUUGCCUUAAAGUCGCCCGUGCCAGUGCGCCAUACCCCCUCCUUCCCCCUCCCAUGUAAGAUGGGAGAGAGGCUCGUUGAUUGGCCGUGGCUGCUGCUCGUCAGUCGGCGAGCCAAUCAGGAAGGUCUUAGGAGAACUGAAAAGCACUGGAAAGGACUCGAGUCGUAUAAGAGAGCAUCCUGCCCCCAAAGGCCAUGAUUUUAACGGAGUUGAAGCCAUACAGACUUUAUUUUUUGGUCACACACAGUCGCACAUACAAACACGCUAAAUUACUUACCUCUCCCUGGAAAUCAAUCAAUAACUGUGGCUUUUAUAUAAGUAGUAUCAAAUGCUUACUUCACUUUGCAGUAUAUUGUUUUGCAGUCCUGCAAAAUUUCAAAACAAAACUGUGUAGGAGAAAUGAUAGACCAUUUGCAAGGGGAAUACAUGUGUGGGCAUUUUCCAAGGGCUUUAUAAGUUUAAGUUUAUAACUGUUUAAUAAAAAAACCGGUACAAAUUGAUAGUUUUUAAAUGAAUCCUAAAUCCCUCGUUAGUAUGUAUUAUGCUACACACAUGUGCAUGAAUAUGUAAUCAUUUUACAACAAUCAACAUUUUACUGAUAUUCAAUCUGUAUAAAUAUAUACACUAUAUUCCACAACAGAAAACAUUUAACAUGAAAUAAAAGGCACUGUUAGAGGACACCAAGUUAAAGUCAGUAGAAAGUAAACUGGUCAGAUGCAUUGUUUUCUGAACUAGGUGACAUACAUUGAGAAGUUCAUUGUAUGUUAGUAAACUUUUUGUAGUGCAGUAGAAAAAAGGUGCAAUUUAGCUCGACUCGCAAUACAAUAUGACCCUAUUGUUUUUGUCUCAUGACAUGUGUGUAACUGAUUUAUACAUAAUCUUUGCCAUAAUUAAUGUACUUACAUAUUAAAGCCAAGUAGUUUUUUUUUUAAUAGUCUGAUUAUCCAAACAGUUAAAACCAGCUCUUCGCGAAACCAACAAGUGCUCAAAAUUGCUUUAUUUCUAGGUUCCGAAAAAAAAGAUUCAUGCAACAUUUCUAUGAAUUAUUGUUGUGGUUUUUUAAAUUGAUCAACAUUUUAUAACAAGGUGCUUUUUCCUACAGCAGACACAAAAUAUCUGCAGAACUGUAUGCUUGCUGCACAUGUACAGAAUGUAAUUUGAUAGAAUAUCAAAAAUUCUGAAAUGUUCAGUUUUACUGUAGCACUUGUUAGAGGAACCUUGGAAUAAAGCGGAACCAGCAUGAUCGGUUUUAGUUAAUGCUGAAUCAAUAUAUAUUUCAGCUUACCUGUAAAUGGCAUUGCUUCAAACAAAACAAAAAAACUAUAACAAAAUAUACUGUAGGUUAAUGUUGUAUGGAAGAAGCAGGCAAUGCACAAUGAAAUUGAUCCGUGAUACUGCAUAUUUUGGUGCGUUAGUGAGCAGCUUUCUUGUGUCAUACCCCUUCAUUGUUUCAAAAGAGUCUGGAAGAAUGUCUUCAUUGGACCAUUUUCUUUUUCUUUUUAUAUCAUAAAAAUGACGGUCCAGACUCUGUCAACCAAACGACAGACAACAGUGGAUGGAGAUGUAAACUGUGAUGUGAUUGUGUGUCUGACUACAAAAGGUGGGGCAGUGGUUGUUUUGGCUUCCAAGAGCUAAUCUGAGUAUAUACUCAGAGCAGUCUAUUGCUCUCGCAAAGGAUUACGGACUUCCUUCUGUCGACCUGAGAUUUAACACAGAGGAAUAACUGUGACACUUGGGGCAUUAGUAUGUGUUUUAAUGUUCAAAAUGUUAUUUACACUUUUGGUAGUUGCUCUUUAACCCCUGAUUUAACAUUUGGGCACAUUUGUGUGCCGUCUGUUCUUGCAUCAGGCAGUCUGAUGAAAAGGUAUGUUACAGCAAACAAUUAUGACAUUAGAAAAUUAAUGAAAGAAUUAAAAAGAAAUUUCCAGGCUUUUACAAAUUAUUUUUGCAAUCUUUGCUGUUCUGUAUAUUGCUGUAUAAAAUAUUGUGAAGGACCUGAAAUAAGCUGUAAGAAGUUUUUUUUGUUUAUACACAUAUAUAAACAAAAUAAAAGAUACUAAUUGUUAAUGGUUCAUAGGAAGAAUGGGAAAGUAUUUUUGAAAGAUCUCUAUUUUGUUGGAAAAGAAUAUUUAAGUACUUUGUCUAAAAAGAGCAUUUUUUAUGUAAAGUGAAAUGUUUAUGCAUGCUUGCUGAAGAGAUGUUUACAGUGUGUUCAUGAAGGGAAAGUUGUGCCUUUAUCUUAUAUUAUUGACCAUUUUCCAGUAUCCGUUGUAAAUAACCACAGUGAAUAAUUUCAUUUAUUAGCAUAAAACAUUUCUACAUCAUGGACUCUUGUUGGAAAACCCAUAGUUUCUGUAGCUCCCCACAAAUUAUACUGAUGUGCUGUGAGUUUUAUGGCAUAUAAUGGUGCUCACAUCCCCCAAUAGAAGCCAAUAGUACAGAAAAGUUUGAAUGACCAUAAUACUCGUUGCAUCACAUGGCAGGCACUAAAUUUGCUAAAGGUAAGAUUAACAGAGGGCAAAGUGUUCAUUCACUCUGGAUUAACUGUGAACUGAAAAUGUUUUUGUACUUUUCACAUUUUAAUUCAAUGGAUCCCUUGAAGGUGAUUGGAAUAAAAGCUGUACACCAUAGAAGGCCUUCAUUGUGAAGACAUACUCUGUCAUCACUUGAAAGUAAUGUCUUUUUUCAAAAGCAUUCGGAAAUCAGACCUGUUAGCCAUACACAAUUCAAUAACACCAUUAUAACAGCAAGCAGGCAUUUCAUUUUCUGCAUUGUGUGUAAAGCCGGAUUUUUCUACAAUAAUACGGAAUGGUCUUUAGCAUGCCUAUCUUUUCCAUCACAGCCUUUGCUCCCAGUAACAUUUUUGUACAAAAGUUAUUUUUUUCUAAUUCUCAGCAAUCUGCAGAACCUAGAUAGGGCACAGUGCAAAGACACCAGCCGGUAGAUCCAGUGGUAACAGUUCAUAGCAAAUGGAUGUUUAUACGAGGUUACUGCAGAGUAACACAUUGACAUUUUCAUUGCUAUUUUAAACCCUGCCACAGCAAAAACAAGUAAGCAAGGAUGGGAUGGGUAGCAAAAAAAAGGAGGAAUGAUAACUGUUCACAAUCAAACAUACAGUACAUCUACACAGCCAGGUUUAGAAAAUAAUAUGGUUUUUAUUGCAGUAAAGGUAGUUAGCUGUUUCUGAAUUGUAACUGAUGUGUAUAGUCAUAAAACAGAUUGAGCGAGUGUGAUUCUGCAGAUAGAUACUUGGUUUGAAGGAUAGUAAUCAGGCUGAUGGGUCAGACAGUUUGCACUACUGUAUCAGUGCAGAGGAAAUGUGUGGAUGUCCUAACUCAUAAUCCUGGUUUCCCCCAAACCUCUUUGAGUUGAAAUGCUAUUGAAGUGGGAACUGCGGUACAUAGUACGUGUUUCUGUUUGAUCCAAGUUCAUGGAUUUCGCUAUCAAGCCAUAUACCCAUUACAAUCCUCAAACUAUCUCAGCUAAUAAUCAUUAGUUUUACAAAAUACGACUUUUUAAACUUUUUUCAUCCGAUACUUUGUAUAAUAUCUCUCUGUCACUCUCUGCAGUAUAUAAGCACUUUUCAUUAUAACAUCAGCAGAACAGUUCAUACAAACAACUUACUGUGUCUCUUUUACGCAGAUAUGGCUAUAACUGUAUUUCUAAAAAUUCCAAGGGAUUCAAAUAAACCCUUUAACAAUGA